CAAACUAGUUCUACUCUACAUACCAUUUUUAGAACUCUUGUUCAAUUUGUCAAAUUGUUAAAAUUAAUUUGGUCGAUAGUUCUAUUUACUUUUGAAUGCUAAGGAUUUUUAAUAAUACAAUUUUUAUUUGUGUAAAUUCGUGGCGCGUAUUUAAAAGCUAUAUACAUAUUUAUUUUAUUACUUGCAAUGUCUGAACUUCAGUCAUCUCUGUUGUUAAAAAAGCAAUUGGCAGAACUGAACAAAAACCCAGUGGAAGGAUUUUCAGCUGGUUUAAUUGAUGAAAAUGAUAUUUUUCGUUGGGAAGUCUUAAUAAUUGGACCACCAGAUACGCUAUAUGAAGGAGGUUUUUUCAAAGCACAUCUGUACUUUCCCAAAGAAUACCCUUUGAGACCUCCUCGAAUGAAGUUUGUAACAGAAAUUUGGCACCCAAAUAUCGAAAAAAAUGGAGAUGUUUGUAUUUCUAUUUUACACGAACCUGGAGACGAUAAAUGGGGCUAUGAAAAAGCAUCAGAACGCUGGUUACCGGUGCACACAGUGGAGACUAUUUUGAUAUCUGUAAUAUCAAUGCUAGCUGAUCCCAAUGAUGAGUCUCCAGCAAACGUAGAUGCCGCUAAAGAAUGGCGAGAAUCUUAUACCGACUUUAAACGCAAAGUUGCUCGUUGCGUCCGAAAAAGUCAAGAGGAGUGCUCGUGAAGCAGCCUGCCCUAUAUUUGUAUAUUUAUAUUAAACAUUUUAUACAUUAAAAGGAUAAACUGAAUUAUUUAAACAU